AUGGAAUUCAUUACCUCAGCACGUGAUUGAGGCUCCAUCCAUCGACGCUUUCAAAAGAAAGUUGGAUCAACUGAGAGACCAAUAUUGCCAGGACUAACAUAGGUUAUCAAGCCUCCUGUCGUUUCCGAACUGAAACUGAAGCAUAACUAGGUGAGCGCGUUUUCUGGAUCUUUCGGUACUAGUCAUGGACGAGGACAAGCCUGUUAAACUCAAUACAAUUCCUGUUACACUUCUUAAAAGAAGAAAAAGGGUUAGCCGGGAUAUAAUCAAACAACAGCGCCUGCGUUCUGAGGAGUUACGUAAACGUGCCCGAAAACGCAGAAGUCUUAUCCAACCACCGAUCCGUUUUAUAAAGACUGGUCUCAGACGGUCAUACGAUGAGUUACGCUUGCAGCGGAUUGCUAAACGCAAAUCUCCGUCUUCAACAUCUGAUCAACCACGACUGGGUGUUGUCAUUCGGUUAAAGGACGAUGAAGAGCAACUUGCGGAUGUUUGUAAGGAUGUAUUCCGAUUACUUCGUCUUGACACACGCAAUCAAGCUGUUUUCAUUAAAAUUACAAAGGCUACUCUUAGUUUGUUGAAUAUUGUUUCACCUUAUGUGGUAUGGGGUUAUCCGUCCCUGCAGGUGGUACGCGAUAUGGUUAUGAAGCGUGGGCGUACUAUGCUUGGCAGACACAAACAUUCAAUCGACAACAAAAUAAUUGAAGAGAAACUAGGUCACUGUGGGAUUUUGUGCAUAGAGGACAUUAUCCACGAACUUGUAACUAUUGGUUCAAACUUCAUGGCCGUUCAGCGCUUUUUAUGUCCAUUCAAACUUAUGUCAUCCAGUCGUGAUUGGAUGUCAGGUUCACGGCGCUGUCACGCUCGUGUUGAUUCUCUAACAGGGUUUCGAGAAGAACAAUUAAAUGAAAUGAUUCGUAGAAUGAUAUGAUUGUGUAAAUAAAGAAUGUAUAGGUACUAUCCGCGGUUAUUACUUUUCUGCAUAUAUUAUAUGAGUAUACAAAAAUUUGUCUUGUUUGAAAAUUUCUGUAACUAUGCUACUCUUUUGCUCACUGAUAAAAGUUUUUCAUAUGGAAGAAU